UUAGAGUUGUUUUUGAGAUAUUUGUAUUAAGAAGUAUUCAUAUCUGCAUAAAUAUAGGGCGUAAGUAAAUUUAAAAUACGAAUUAUACAGAAGCAUGUAAACACGAUUCUGUCGGCAUUGCAAUGGACUAUUUACAUUUAGUUUUAUAGUAACCAUGUAUAGUAGGAUGGCAUCGCUCAACAAAAUGUUUAGCUUGAUAACUAUAGAUAAUGUCCCAUGUCAAGAAGAAAGAACAGACCAAGAAAUCUAAACGGACACUCCACUUACUAGAACAGCUUGUCAGAGAUCAGGUGGAAAUAGAUAUAGAGAACAUGGACCGGAAGAAAGGAAAAACCAACAAGAAAAAGGAGGACACAGAAAACAAGAUGCAUAUCAAUGGAGAUAUCUGUCAAAAUGGCUUCGAGAGAAAAGGAAGGGAGAAAAUUAAAAAAUCCAAAAAUAAAGUCAAAGAAUCCACUGGAGGCACAAAACUUCAUGUUCCAGAGACCAGCUCUCCAAAACAGUCCAGAUCUAGGUCAAGGUCACGGUCAAGUUCCUCCAGCUUCUGGUCGAACGGACGGGACUCCAGGUCACGGUCUAGGUCGUACUCUCAUUCUAAGUCACGCUCCAGUUCACGUUCAAGAUCUGAGUCCCGUUCAAGAUCAAGGUCAUACUCAAGAUCCAGGUCAAGGUCAUAUUCUAGAUCUCGUUCAAGGUCUGAUUCCAGAUCAAGAUCCAGAUCGCAUUCUCCAGAGACACCAAGAUCCAAGUCGUCCGAGGAGCCGUCACAAUCGACAACAAAGAGUCUGCCCGUUCCGUCGGUAAAGGCCAGAGACAAAGAUGUGAUGAGUGAUAUAGUGACAAGCAGCUCAAAGAAAAAGCCACCCACAGGACACAGGCAAGGGAAAUUAUUAAAACGAAGGCAAAUGAAGAAAUAUAAAUCAUUUGAAAUAAAUCCUGAUGCUUUUAUUGAGGAGAGAUUAACUCAGAAAUACAGAGAGCUGGAAGAUAUAGUGAAAGGCAAGAGCUUAAAGACUAACACAAUCACAAGACAAUAUAUUGGUCAGAUGGAGAUGUUGAGAGAACAGUAUCACAUGGUGAGUCAUGGAUUAGCUCCUCCAGGGGUGAUUUUACCAAGGAGCCUGUCCCAGGAAAUGAGGACUAAGGGCCAGCAAAAUUCUCAUUACAAGCGGAGGCCCCUUUCAGGGGAAAGUUAUAACAGUGAACUGUCAAACAAAUCCACGGAUAUGGCGUACCGAUCCAUGCAAAACAUUAUCAACGACAGCAAGAAUCCAAAACAUGAAUAUCUGACAAAGAAACAUAAAAAAAGGCCAAAGCGCAAGAAUUCCGAGUCAACUAUUGACAAUUCAUCAUUUCACUCACACAACACUGCAACUACGCAGAAAACGGGCAGCACAGUAGUGACAACGCCCCGAGAUAUAGACGAUCAGGAGAGGAUGAACUACCACUUGAAGUAUUCCAGCAAAGAGGAGCUCCGAAUCUGGCUAAAGAAGAAGGAUAAACUAUACAGGAGGAAAGUCAAAGAGGAAAAGGCAAAGAAAAGGGCAGAGCGAGAACAGAUGGUGCUUGAAGCUAAUGAGAAGUUUGAGAAGAGACUUGAAGCUCAGAAAAUUUACAAAAAGUGGGCCGAUCAGAAAAAUAAGGAGAUUGCAGAUCAGAAGAAAAAAGAAAGGAAAGAACAUAAACGGAUUCUGAAGGAGUAUGAGGAGAAAAACGAAAAGAAGAACAUCCGUCCAGAAUCUGCUCCUCUUCGACGGAAAGAUCCUUCUGGUGGGAUCAAGGUGGAGGGGACUGCCGAUACAAACGUUAAUAUAAGAGAUAAAUCAAACAAAGCAUCGAAUGACUCGGCACUCUUAGCCACUCCUCAUCCACCCACCUCAAAGUUCAUUUACAAGCGCCCUGUAGCUGGACGAAUAAAGCUUGCUGUUAAUGGGAACAGUCCACAUGGCCAAAAAUCUGAGCAAGAACGACCGAAAACUGCGUCUUCGUCACGAUCUAAAAGUGCUGAAGGUAACAGGAUGUCAUACGAUCAGUGGGUCUUACAGAAACGGAAACAGGAUCAGAAGAAAAAAGAAUUAGAAGAAAAGCAUAAAAAAGAUCAAAUGUCGAAAUCUGACCCAGAUCUUAACAAACUUAUUCCUGAUAUUGCAAGAAAAAGAGUCCACAAUGUCCUGGAAGGGAAAAAGAGAAUCGAUACUGGAGUGAAAAGAAUUGAUGAUAAGUUAAAUAAGAAAUUUGGAGGUGCAGAUUUUGAUUCAGAAAGGACAGAGACAGAAGCUAGCGAAAAUGUUCGUUAUUCUUACCGUUUGGAAUCGGACAGGACUGAAACUCCGAGUCCUGGAGGUCAAAUUAAUGUUUCUGGUAAGGCUAUAAAACGACCUCCAACAGGGACCAGGCGUCCUCAGACAGCCCCAUCAGGAAGGGUUCCACCUCCCAAAAAAUCCUCAGGAUCACCGCGACAGGCCAUGGUUCCCAAACUCGAGGAUGUAAUGAAUGAAGAGAACACUUCUAAUCCUUUCAAACUGCCAUUCCCUGCUGAACAGGGAGUACCUAAACAUGUAGCUUCCAGACAGAGGAAGCUUUUUGCAGAGCAAAUUUGGGAGAGGUUGGAGGGUGAAGAGAGACCUGAGCCCCAGGGUAGCGAUGUUCCAGAACCUGCGACUUGUGUAGGAAUGGGGAGUCCACCGGCUAACGACUCUAAGUCAGAGACUGAAGAUGAGAAAGAAAAUACAAACAAGGAUAAAACAGAAAGUAACGGAGAUAACUCAGAAAAUGGAGACAUUGAAAAUGAAGAGCCUAAGAAAGAGGAGCGUGAGGAAAGUAAAGUGUUUUUGACUCAGUUUAAUUCAAUUGACAAUUUAAAUAAAAUUGAAAACACAGAGUUUGAGGCAGACAAAACACAAGACAUUGACGAAAGUCCAGUGAUAGAAAAACUUAACCUGGAUUUCAACGAGAGUUCUCAGAGAGAUAAUGAGUCUGAUUCAGACCAAGCAUCAACAGAUCGUGAUCAGAAAGAAGAGGAAAACUCAACAGAAAAGGAUGAAUCGACACAGGAGAAAGAGGAAUCUGUGAAAGACGAUCAAGAUAAUAAAGAAAGUGAACAAAAUGGAGGAGAUAGCAGUGAGAAGGAUAAGGACAGUCCUAGGAACGUAGACAUUCUUAACUUGGAUCUGGAGAACACGACACGCAGCAGCAAAAGGGUGUCCUUUAAUGAAGCGCCAGAGGUGUUUCAGACGGAAGACUGGAGCACUGACACCCAGACACCAGACGAGGAGAGCUAUAAGUCUGGACUUCACGAUUCUACUGACUCAACUGAGAAACAAAAUGUCACCUUAAGUGAUGAGGACGAUUUCUGAAAAUGAGUAUGUAAAUAUCUCGUUGGUGGCCGCAAAUUUCUGUGACCCUUUCCUGAAUUUCCCACUUAGUACAUUGUUUUGUUUCACAUGUAACCAGACAUCGAAGAACUAUUCUAAUGAACUAGGAAAAAAUAGUUUUUGACGUUUAUCACAUUAUUGCAAUACUUUCCAUAUAAGUCAGGAUAGUUAUUUUAGUGUAAAUGGUAAUCACACACACGAUGUUAUAUGUAUUGACUUUUGAAACCGUCACAUCAUUUGAAAUUAUAGUGCAUUUUAUCCAUCUCGGUUGUUGGUACAGUUGUAUAGGUCUCAUAUUCAAUGUCUUACAUAAUUUUUAUUCAAAUAUUUGUCGUUUAUUUUUCUCAAA